ACACAUGCACGCCCGGCAAGAAAGAUGCCGCCAGCUCUCAAGAUUUGGGCAUUGUUUUCUGUGUCGCUCUGCUUCCUGCCUCAACCGGGUCAUUUGAAGAAGGCAUUCCGAUGUCCUUCGACAUGCAGCUGCUCCAGGGAGUCCAUCAUUUGCGUCGGGUCCUCCUACGUCCCGAGGAUCAGCCCCAACGACAUCAGCUCUCUGAGUAUCGUCAAUGGGACUUUCUCCGAGGUCAAAGAGGCUAUGUUUUCUCACAUGCCAUCCCUCCAGCUCCUGCUUUUGAAUUCCAACUCUCUUACAACUGUAAGGGAUGAUGCAUUCUCAGGCCUUCCACAUCUGGAGUACCUGUUCAUUGAGAGUAAUAAGUUAGAGACUGCAGCCAAAUAUGCCUUCAGAGGACUCAGGGACUUGACUCACUUGUCUUUGGCAAACAACAACCUCAAAGCCUUGCCCAGGGACCUCUUCAUUGACUUGGACUCACUGAUAGAGCUGGACCUGCGAGGCAAUGCCUUUGAGUGCGACUGCCGUGCCAAGUGGCUGAUGACGUGGCUGAAGAACACCAAUGCCACAGUGUCGGAUGUUGUGUGUGCCGGGCCGGAGGACAUGAAGGACAAGCGCCUCAAUGAUAUGACCAGCCUGCACGAUGAAUGCAUAUCAACGGAUUUCGUCCUCCAUCAGUCCGUGGCAUCUGAGUCUCUGUCUGUUGACACAUUCAGCUAUAAGAAUGACGUCUAUGUGACUAUCGCUGCUCCCAGCGCUGAGAGCUGUAUGGUUUUUCAAUGGGACCACAUAGAAAUGAACUUCAGGACUUACGAUAACAUCACAGGGCAGUCCAUUGUGGGUUGCAAGUCAGUUGUCAUCCAGGAUCAGGUGUUUGUCAUUGUGGCUCAGCUCUUUGGUGGUUCCCACAUCUACAAGUUUGAUGAGGACCAAAGCAGGUUCAGCAAGUUCCAGGACAUUGAGGUGUCCAAGAUCUCCAAGCCCAAUGACAUUGAGGCAUUCCAGAUUGGCUCUGACUGGUUCUUUUUGAUUGCGGACAGCUCUAAAGCGGGCCUGUCAACCCUCUACAAGUGGAACGAUAAGGGCUUUUAUUCAUACCAGUCCCUGCACGAGUGGUACCGCGACACAGAUGCGGAAUUUUUGGACUUGGAUGGGAAGGCCCACCUUAUUUUGGCGAGCCGCUCACAGGUGCCUGUGAUCUACCAGUGGAGCCGGAGCAACCAGAAGUUUGUCCUGCAGGGCGAGAUCCCCAACAUGGAGGACGUUGUGGCUGUAAAGCACUUCCGUAUCAAGGGGGAACUCUACCUGGCUAUGACGCGUUAUAUUGGGGACUCCAAAAUUCUGCGUUGGGGUACCAAACAGUUUUCGGAGAUCCAGGCCUUGCCCUCACGCGGCUCCAUGAUUCUCCAGCCGUUCUCCUUCAAAGACCGCUUCUACCUAGCCCUGGGAAGUGAUUACACCUUCUCGCAGAUCUAUAUUUGGGAUGACGAGAACAAACUCUUUGAUCGCUUCAAGGAGGUGUACAUCCAGGCGCCGCGCUCCUUUACUGUGGUCUCCACUGACCGCAGGGACUUCAUCUUCACCUCUAGCUUCAAGGGAAACACACAGAUCUUUGAACACAUCAUCAUUGACUUGAGCUUGUGA